AUGUCUCCACGAGUCAUCAUCUUUGGCGCAUCUGGCGCUGUCGCCCGAGCUGCCGCAUUCGAGGCCCAGCAGCGAGGGGCCACUGUAUUUCUCGCUAUGCGAGACACCAACAAGGCCAUCCCCGGGCUCACGCCCGAGAUCGAACAAGAGCGCGGCUUCAAGCGAGUCAAGGCAGACUUGUCCGAUCCAAAGUCUGUCCAAGACGCCAUUUCUCAGUCAGGCGCAACCGCUGCGUUUACGUACAUCGUCCAUGGGGUGCAAGAUGGCCUGCGUGCGACUCUUGACGCUAUGAAGAAGGCUGGCAUAUCCCAUGUCGUUCUGCUAUCUUCAUACACGUUGUACCGACACCCGAAUGCAAAGGCUGCCAUGAACAGCUCCGAUUUCAUUCCCGCGGCCCACGGCAAGGUUGAAGUUGCUCUGGUUGAAAGUGGACUAGCGCACACCAUUAUUCGGCCGAUGUAUUUCAGCAGCAACUUGAAGGGGGAGGCCGAGGGUGUCAAGAAAGGAGAAGUCAAACUGCUGCGCCUAGAGUCAGUUAGUGACUAUAUCGCACCAGAGGACAUUGGGUCUGUUUGUGGUGUGAAACUGGUUGAGCAUGAGGCAGAGUCUGAGAUUGUACCUUUGUGUGGUCCAGACCUACUCACCCAGAAAGAAGCUUGGGAGAUUGUUGCAGAGGCAAUUGGUCGAGACUUGACCAUCACAGAGAUAAGCGAGGAGGAGUUCAUCGCCAAGAAGGAGGAGACACUUCCAAGUUUCGUUGCUCAUGCUCUCGCUGAGUACUUCCUUGGAGACGACAAGGCGAGAUAUCCGGCAGAACGGUACAAGGAAGCUUCGGCAAACAUCAAAAAGUACACGGGGAGAGAUCCGAUCAAGCUUUCUUCGUGGAUCAAGGCGCAUAAGAAGGAGGUGUUCAAUAUCUAG